AUGAUAAAGCCUCUCUAUUUUUUUCUACUCUCCCUCUUCUUCAUCAACAUUUCCUACGGAAUUGGAGAUGACUCUGAUCCAUCAUCAGCAAACUGUCCUGAUCAAUAUGAGUCCUGUGGUGAUAACUUAACCAUUAAAUACCCAUUUUGGCGAACCCCUAAUGAUUCUACCUCCAACCAGUAUUGUGGUUAUCCAUAUUUUGGUCUUUCAUGCUCAGAAUAUGGUAAGACAAUACUAAGACUGCCUAAUGACCACACUUUUCUUGUCAAAGAUAUAAACUACCCCAACCAUUCUAUCACCCUCGUGGACAUCGAUCUUGACGGAAACCAACAGUACUGUCCUAGGCCGCGCCAUAACCUUACUCUGGAAACCUUACCCUUACAUUACUCAAAAUCAGAUUUGACCCUCAGUUUUCACUUCAAUUGCACUUCCGGUCCAUUUCCGUGGCCUCCUAAACCUCCCAUAGAGUGCUUAAGAUUUGAGGCAAAGCGGUCCUAUGUUAAUGUGUUAGAAGGGAAUGAGAAGGAGCAAGAUAAUUGGUUUGGAAUAUGCGAGGAGCAUGUAAGGGUGAUGGUGUUAAGGACUCCUCUCACAAAUAACGACAUGAUCACCACUGAGUUUGGUAGGGCGAUGGACCAGGGGUUUAUGCUGGAUUGGGGGACGGCCAAGGAGUGCGGUGCCUGUGAGGCUUCUGAUGGGCAUUGCGGGUCCAGCGAUAGUAAGAAGGAUUUGUUGUGCUUCUGCAAGGAUGGCAAAGUACGUAGCAAGCAUUGUGGAGGUAUGCAAAUUUCUUUGUUUAACGUUAUAAGCGCUAAUUUUUGA